UCUUAAAUGCCAAGUAUUAAUUCAUUUUAUUGCCCUAUAUAAAUGCUUGUGUGUUUUGCUAGCUAGCUUCACUUCAUAUUCCCAAGGCAGAGCUAGCUUUUUAAAGUGCAUGCUUUCUCACACUACCAAUAUGCCAAGUUUGAGUAUUUAUGCCAUGAUGAAGGGGUGGUUUCUUGGUGUAAGAGCAGCAUUAAGGUCUGAGGAGGACCCUUUUUCAAAGUGGGGUUUGGCUGAAAUUGGUGGUUGUGCUGGAUUUCUGUCUGCACUCGUGAAGAGAAUUUUGUUUGCUGGUUUUGCCUGCAUUCUUGCAUUAGGAGGAGCUAUAGCGGGAAUGAUUCAUGGCGCCAUAAAAGGCCAAACUACAGAAACUGGAUUUCUUAAAGGAGCUAUUACAGGAGGGCUAGCUGGGGCAGUUGCAGCGAUUCAAUUGCUGGAAUCAGCUGUGGAUGGUGAACCAUUUUCCAAGAUUGCCGUAUUGCGUACUUUAGUAAAUGGAAAAGUAUUUAUGGAAUUUGUAAGUCCUGCAGUGCUUAAAGCCUACCAGUGUCAAGUUAGUACACUGGAAAAUCAUUAUAUAGAAUUUGCAGACAUAUAUGCCACUGCAACAAUGAAAGGAUUGUCCCAUAUCUCCAUUCAAAAGCUUCCUUCACAUAAAUAUGGCUCUACCAAUUAUGAUACCAACCUGCUUCAUUCACAUGAUGAGUUUUGUUGCUCAAUUUGCUUACAGGAACUGAAGGGAGGAGACUCAGUAAGAAGACUUCCCAAGUGUGGACAUUUCUUUCACUUAGACUGUAUAGACCAAUGGCUGAUGAGGCAAGGCUCUUGCCCCAUCUGUAGAAUAUAUGUUUGUAAUGACAGAAAUGAAUUGUAAGAUUAUUGGGUCUCAACUGAACCCAUCAGGGAAAACAAAUUAAAUUUCUUGAACAAAAUUAAAAAAAUGUGUAUAAAAUUGCAAGAUUUUAAGUCA